AGCUAUAACAACCUCUGAUUUCCCCAAAUCCUGACACAAACAGCCCUCUUCUCCAAUGCUUGGCUGAACAAUUGAAGCCUUUCUUUUACUACUGAUCAUUCCAAGCCAUCAAUUCCUUUGUUGCAUCUGUGCAGUGGUCGGUCAAGAUACCAUUGACGCGUCCGUCCUCGCACUCGAGCCUUGACUUUUGAGCGAGCCGAGGGGUUUAAUCUACCCAAGAUGUACCAGUUGCGCCAUCUCGCCCUUGGCCUGGCGGGCAUCUGCUUUGCAACUUCCGCCUUCGCGGCUGAUGACGAGUCUAGUGUCAAAUCCCUAAAGGCUGAUAAUUUCAAAGAUUUUAUUACGCAACACGACCUCGUCCUCGCGGAGUUCUUUGCGCCAUGGUGUGGGCAUUGUAAAGCCCUUGCCCCAGAGUACGAGUUGGCUGCGUCUGAGUUGAAGGAGAAGAAUAUCCCGCUUGUCAAAGUGGACUGCACUGAAGAAGCCGCGCUGUGUGAAGAAUAUGGCGUUGAAGGCUAUCCCACACUGAAGGUAUUCCGCGGCUUGGAGUCAACAAAGCCCUACAAUGGUGCUAGAAAGUCGCAAUCGAUUGUAUCCUUUAUGAUCAAACAGUCUCUACCUGCUGUGUCUAAGGUAACAUCUGAUACCUUUGAAACUAUCAAAGGCCUAGACAAAAUAGUCGUUGUUGGAUAUUUCAAAGAGGACGAUAAGGCAUCAAAUGAGACCUUCACCUCCAUUGCUGAAGCGUUACGCGAUGAAUAUCUUUUUGCAGGCACCAAUGAUGCUACAUUGGCGGAGGCUGAGGGUGUCUCACAGCCAGCAAUUGUCCUAUAUAAGGACUUUGAUGAUCGCAAGGACAUUUUUGUCGAUAAAUUCGACAAAGAAGCAAUAACUCACUUCGUCAAAACUGCUAGCACUCCUCUUGUCGGCGAAGUUGGACCUGAAACAUAUUCUGGCUACAUGGCUGCAGGGAUUCCUCUUGCUUAUAUCUUUGCAGAGACGCUGGAAGAACGUGAGCAAUUCGCUGCAGACCUGAAGCCUCUCGCUAGAAAGCUAAAGGGCGCUAUUAAUUUUGCUACCAUUGAUGCGAAAGCUUUUGGAGCGCAUGCUGGAAAUCUCAAUCUUGACCCUGAGAAGUUUCCAGCAUUUGCUAUUCAGGAUACUGUGAAGAACACGAAAUUUCCUUAUGACCAGACCAAAAAAAUUGAUGAAAAAGACAUCAGCCAAUUCGUCCAGGAUGUUCUUGAUGGAAAAAUUGAACCCAGUAUCAAGUCUGAACCAGUACCUGAAUCCCAAGAAGGGCCCGUCACUGUCGUGGUUGGUCACUCAUACGAAGACAUCGUGAAAAACAACGACAAGGAUGUAUUGUUGGAGUUUUACGCCCCAUGGUGUGGGCACUGCAAGGCCCUCGCACCUAAAUAUGAACAGCUAGCUUCGCUUUAUGCGAAUAAUCCCGAAUUUUCUUCAAAGGUCGUCAUUGCAAAAAUAGAUGCUACUGCGAAUGAUGUACCCGAUGAAAUUCAAGGCUUUCCUACGAUAAAACUUUACCCUGCCGGUUCGAAGGAUUCUCCUGUGGAAUAUCGCGGAACGAGAACUGUUGAAGAUCUUGCGAACUUUAUCCGUGAUAAUGGAAAAUAUCAUGUUGAUGCUUAUGUCAAGGGACAAGUGGAGGAGGGAGGCGAUGUUACUGGCAAACCGAAAACUGAGACCGUCGCGUCCACUGCUUCAACGGAGAGUGGAACACCUGCUUCUUCGAAGCAAGCUGAGGCCACAGUACAUGAAGAACUGUGAUGGCUCCCCAAAAAUUCACUCUGGCGCUUUGUUUGUGACGUGAUGCGUUUUUUUUUUUUUUUUUUCGCCCCUUUUUGAAGUUCCCAGUUAGCAUUCCGGGCUCAAUAUGACUGUAAUGCUCAAUUCCCCAGCACUAUUAACAAUGCUUUAUCAGGGAGCAUGACAAGCACAAUAAAUAUAACUGGUUUCCCUUUUCAUCGUCUUUUGUGUUAAUUUAUGGCUAAAAUGGAUUUUGCUAUGUUGAUUGAUUGUUUGUUUUGCGAACCUUCAAGCUUCAGUCAAACAAAGUAUAUUCACGCUACUUUUGGUGUCGCAUCAGUCCUGGCAGUGAGUGCUAUCCCUAUAUACUCAUAUUAAGAUGCCACCGGCAUGCCCUAGCUUACCAUGGUUUAUGGUGCUACUUCCAGUCUUUGUUCAAAAGUGGAAUGAAGUUAAUAGAGUACUGAUAAAGUAGGAAUAGCU